CGUUGUGCAAAAAGCGAAGGAGCGGUGCCCGUCACGCUCCUCCGGCGCGGCGGUCCGGCCGGCUUCACCUAUCAGCGCAGUGUGAGCGAGAAGAGUGAGCACGUGGGCGCGCAUAGCACGAGACCAGCGGCCGCGGGUAGUAGGCGCCGACGCGGCUGCACAGCUGGCUGGCUGGCCGGAUGGAACGACAAAACGUGGAAACCCAAGCACCUGCACAACACAACACAACAAUGUCGACACCGCCCUAGAAGAACAGUUUGCCUUCUCGAGUGUUCGCUGGUGAACAGUAGAGAGAGGCGAUUUUCUCAUCUCCAGAUCUUCCUCCCGUAGGAUUGAAAUCUGGUGCUUGGAGAGUGACUUGCAGGCACCCAAGUGGAGUGCGCUGCUGCUGUAAGUGUUCUUCUAGAUCAAUCGAUUCUGAUUUUCUCUUUCCCCAUUAGUUUUCUCCAUCAAGCCAGGAACCGACUCGGGAUGAACAAGGGGUGAUCUUUUGCAUCACUGCCCGUCCUUGGUCAGAUCUUUGUGCUUUGAUUGGAGUGAGACUAAUGGCUCUAAAUCAGGGAAAAGAGAAGGAGAGUUCAGUUUUGGAGGUGGGGGAGGGAUCUCUUAUUCCUCUCAGCGCAAAUAAUACAAGUGUGAAAGGAAUGAAGGAACAAUGCCAUGGAGUUGAGGAGCAAAUUUCGGAUCUAUUUGGUAAGCUUAAUCUGACUCCAAAAGAGAAAGAAGUGCUAGUUCUGGAAGAUACUGUAGGUCCAGAUUUAGCUACAGUUAAUUAUGCAGUGAUUGGGAAGGUUCUUGCACCUAAUUCGUUGCAGCUGCAGACCAUUAUGGCUGCUAUGCGACCAGCCUGGGGCAACCCAAGGGGAUUGAUGGCGAGAAUGGUUGGAGAUAAUCUGUUCAUUGCUGAAUUUGAGUCUGAAGCUGACAAAAUUAGGAUUCUUGAUGGCUCCCCGUGGUACAUUGGUAGGCAAGCUGUGGGGCGACAAGUUGUGAUUGUAAAAGAUUUUAAUUAUGAUUUGCGCCCAACCGAUGUAUCGUUUGAUGACUUGGCCAUUUGGGUAAACAUAUUGAAUCUUCCUUUGGGGCUACGAGAUGAAAAAUAGGGUUUUGAGUUGGCAGCUAAAAUUGGAAAAAAGGUGCUAAAAAUUGAUGUGGAUGAACAGAAAAGGGCUGUGGGAAAGGACUUGAGAGCAAGAGUAAUUAUUUCACUAAAAGAUCCUUUACCACGAGGUAUCUCUGUCUUUUCAUCUACACGACAAAGGAAGGAAUGGUAUGAUGUGGUAUAUGAGAGACUUCCUUUCUUUUGUUUCUCAUGUGGUAUUAUUGGUCACUCAGAAAUUAAUUGCCCUAAACCAGCUCCUAGGGAUGAAAAAGGUUGUUUGCCAUAUAGUGAAAAAUUGCGUGCUCCUGAGGAGAAAAGAUUAAAGAAUCAAAGUGAAUGGUUUAUCCAGGGUGGUAGUCCCUGUAGGAUUAGCAACUCCUCUGAAACUUGGGGAAGUUCAGAUUCCAGAAAAUCUUCUACAAAAAAAGGUGAUGAUAAAGACAAAAGUUUUAGAAAAGAAGUUGGAGGCAGUAGUGGCGUCGAGGUAUCCUCACCAAUAAAGAACCAUAUGUUUAAUGAUGCUAACAUGAAUGCAAAUGAUAUGUUUCGGUAUGAUUAUUCACUAUAUGAUAAACAGAUUCCCGUCCACACAAAAAAACGUAAAUCUGAUGAAAAUCUGAUGGAGAAUGUAGCAGAAGUGGAUGGAGAUGCUAUGGAAGUGUUCGAAAGGAAGUCAUUGGCUCUGGUUCCAACAGUAAAAGGAAGUUUUGUUUCUCAAGAUAGAAUUGAAAGUGGGGCUUCUGAGAGUUCAAAAAAAUUUAAAAAUGAAAAGGCGGGGCUGCUCGAGCAGCCUCGCGUGCAAACAUGAGGCUAAUCACUUGGAAUUGCCGGGGUUUGGGGAAUGGCCCGGCAAUUCGAGGACUUCUGGAUAUCCAGAAGCGGGAGGCCCCUGAUAUUCUUUUCCUAUCAGAAACUAAACACAAUGGUAAAUGGUUGGAUUGGUUAAGGUGGAAGCUAGAGAUGCUGAAUUUGGUGACAGUUGACAGUGUGGGUACUAGCGGGGGUUUGGCUCUUUUUUGGAGAAGAGGGAUUGAAGUGGAGGUGAAAAGUUUCUCAAAAUAUCACAUUGACAGUGUGAUAAAAGAGAAUGAUGGGAUUGAAUGGCGAUUCACUGGUAUUUAUGGUGAGUCAAAAAAUGAAGAUAAGGAUAAUACUUGGGAGAUUUUACGAUGCUUGAAGGAACAGUUUGAGAUGCCCUGGCUCUGUAGUGGAGACUUUAAUGAAAUUUUAUUUAAUUUUGAAAAGGAGGGCGGACAACCGAGAGCAGAAUCAAAUAUGCAAAAAUUCAGGUUAGCUUUAGAAGAUUGUGAUCUGCAGGAUCUGGGAUUUUUUGGUGACCCAUUCACUUGGCGUAAUAACCAUCAUGUGGCUACCAGAUAUACAAAAGAACGGCUUGAUCGUGCUGUUGCUAACAGCAGUUGGAGAUAUAUGUUCCCUAUGGUGAGGGUUACUAAUGGAGAUCCUAGGCAUUCUGAUCAUAGGCCGAUUAUAAUUGAUGUGGGCUGUAGACAGAACAUGGAUUGCUUGCAGCAGAUGCAAAUAAUGCCAAAGUUCGAAGCAAAAUGGCUUGAGGAGGAGGAAUGUGAGAUCCGAGUAACGAAAGCUUGGGGUAUAGCGAUGGAGGAAGGAUGUAACACUAUGAUGCAAAUGCAGAUGAAGGUGCUGGGUGAUCUUUGGGAAUGGGACAGGAACAUUUUAGGAGAUUUGGAAAAACGAAUUAAAAAAGUCAAAAGUGAAUUGGAUACGUGCAGGAGGAUGAGUAUAUCUCAAGAAUCAGUAAACCGGGAACACUUAUUGCAUUAUAAGCUUGAACGAUUGCAAGACCAGCAUAAUACUUACUGGAAACAACGAGCUCAUAACAGUUGGUUGACAAAGGGAGACCGGAAUACUAGUUUUUUCCAUGCAUUUGCUUCAAAGCGGAGAAGAAAAAACUGGAUUAGGAGUUUAAAAGAUGAGAAUGGAUUUCUAGUGGUGGGAGACCAACUAAAACACUUUAUUGCUAAUCAAUAUCAACAGUUAUUUAUGUCAUGUGCAGGGUCACAUGCGGAUUAUGUGCUGAAUUGUGUUGAUCCUAGAGUCACAACAGAAAUGAAUGAGUCAUUAAUGGAGCCAUUCACAGGAGAGGAAAUCUGGAAUGCUUUAGAAAGCAUAGGUGAUUUGAAAGCUCCUGGUGCUGAUGAAGGUUUAUCAGCUAUGCUGCAAAAAGCUGAAAAAGAGGGGAAGAUUGAAGGCAUUAAGAUUUGACGUGAGGCACCAAGAGUAAACCACCUAUUUUUUGCUGAUGAUUCCUUGAUUUUGAUGAGAGCAAGGGCUGUUGAUGCUGCAGUACUUAAGCAUAUUCUGCAAGUAUAUGAAGAUGCAUCUGAGCAGGUAUUGAAAGCAAGAUAUUUUCCAAGGUCAGAUAUUCUCCAUUGUGUUCCUCGGUCUGGUAUAUCUUAUACAUGGAGAAGCAUUUUAAGAGGGGCUGAACUUUUAAAGGAAGGGCUUAUAUGGAGAAUUGGGAAUGGAGUAAAUAUUAAAAUAUGGGAAGACCCAUGGAUACCUAGAGGUACAACAAGAAAACCAGCUACACCUAGGAGGUCAUGUUUACUUACUAGAGUUAGUGAGCUUAUAAAUCCAACAACAGGUGAAUGGGAUGAGCAAUUAAUUUCUGAUAUUUUUUGGCCCGAGGAUGCUGCUGAGAUCUUACGAAUUCCAAUAAAUGUGGAUAUGGAAGACUGGCCUGCUUGGCACUUUGAUGCAAAAGGAAGGUUUUCAGUCAAAUCAGCCUAUAAGCUUGCUGUGCAAAAAAGAGAUGCUCUUAUAGGAAGGGAUGCUUCUAGUUCUAGUUGUGCUGGUGGAUAUGGGAAUGAAUUCCAGUGGAUUAAGAUUUGGCAAAUCAAAGUUCCCAAUAAAGUUAAAAUGUUCAUAUGGCGUUUUGCACAUAACAGCCUCUCUGUUAGAAGAAAUCUGGCCAUUCGUGGGAUAAAAGUAGAUACCAUUUGUCCUGUUUGCAGAAGGCUAGAUGAAGAUUGUGGACAUAUCUUCUUCAAAUGCAAGCAUGUAAAGAUGUGUUGGCGUCUUUUGAAUAUGGAGGAUAUAAGAUCUGAGCUGGUGAACUGCCAAUCAGGAAUAGAAGUAAUUAAUAAGAUUUGGGAAUUAGAAACGAACAUUCAAAUACAAAUUUUUGUCUUUCUUUGGAGAUGGUGGUCUGCAAGAAACAAGGUAAAUGAUGGUGGAAGAAUGGCAAAUGCAACUGAGGUUUGUGGUUCUGUAUCAUUCUAUCUAAUGGAAUUUACAAAGUUACAUAAGCUUGAAAAGAAAGUGAUACCCGCUGCUAUUGAAUGUUCAUGGAAUCCUCCACAGGAUGAUAUAUAUAAGAUCAAUUUUGAUGGUUCUUUUGAUCCGAAUAAGAGAAUUGGAGGCUAUGGAUUUGUGGUGAGGAAUAUGAAGGGAGAGGUCCUUGUGGCUGGGGCUAGGAACAUUUCUUAUGCUUCUUCAGCUUUGCAUACUGAAGCAAUUGCAGCCUACAAGAGUGUCCUCCAUGCAGCUCGAUUAGGAAUGUCAAGAAUUAUCUUAGAGACGGAUUGCAUAGUGCUUGCUAAUGCUCUCAAAUCGACAAAUUUAGAUCGUAGCAUUAUUGGUGCUCUGGUAAUUCAGAUACGAGACAUUAUGCAAACAGAGUUUUCUUUUUGUGAUGUCUCUUUCUGUAAUAGGUCAUGUAAUAAGGUGGCAGAUGCUUUAGCUGUCCAUGGAACUUAUGUGUUGAAUUC